AUGACCAACAGCAUCUCUAUCCUAGGAGUGUCUUUUGAUUAUUGCCUCAUGUUCGACGCACAUUUGAAGGAAAUUGCAAAGAAAGCUUCAACCAGAGUGACUCUUCUAAGAAGAAUCAAACAUUUCCUUGAUGCCCGGGGCUUGCACGCGCUGUACAAUGCCCAAGUACGACGCUUCCUGGAAUACGCUGCUCUGCCAUGGAUGUCGGCAUCUAAGACGCAUUUGGAUCUACUGGACAAAGUUCAACGUCGUGCUUACCAUCUGAUUGACAGCGUCCGCCAAGAUACGCAACCUGCAUUGCACACGACUCUGCAACAUCGAAGAGAUGUGGCAGCACUUACAGUGAUGCACAAGAUCCAAGUGCAGAGAGUUCCUCAUCCACAGGGGCUUCGUCUUCCGCGGCGCCGAUCGCUCAGACCGACAAGAACAGUCAUCUCGAGCGAGGACGCAGUGGAUGUUCCGUGGUCCAACACCAGCCAACACCAGCGGACUUUUCUCUCCAGAGCUGCCCGACUUUGGAAUUCCUUCGUCGCAGAUGCAAGAGUACAAACACUCGACACUCAGCAAGCGAAACUGAUGGGCCAUCGUUGGAGACUUCACCAUAAUUUUUCCCUUGUUUGA